UAUAUAUUUACUCACUAGUCAACAACAAAAUACAUAUUGUAACUGCACAUUUCAUAUCGCUUGAUAUGUGCAUGAUCUUAGCUGAAGCAAACUGACGCGGUUUAGAGACAACUUAUGAAAGCAAUGCGUUCUGAAAGACAUGCGCAGGCCUUUUCUUUAUGUUUUUGGUGUGUUUUUGAAAUUUUGGCACAAUUUUCGUGGGGAGCACAAGGAGAAUGCAGUGGUCUCUCUUCGCUAGUACAAAUAAACGCGAAUUGGUGGAGAAUUUUACCAUAUAUAUCGCGAUCCAUUUCUAAAAAUGGAAAUUACUCUUACUCAGGCAUUUUUCCGAUGAUCCUCGAAAGACUGGCGAAUGAUACCGAUAUGAAGGUGCGCUACAAUAGACCGAUGUCAACUUAUGGGAACUUCACGAAUGCGCUAACGCAUCGAAAUCUGAACAAAACUAUCUUCUUUCCCGUCAUGACGGAUAAGAAAGAGGAAAACAAAUGUUUUAUACCAGUUUUACAUACUAAAGGACCGGUGUACAUUGUCCACUUAGAGAAAAUCAAGCCUCUCGAAUUAUUAGGGAAAGGCUUGCUUCACGGUUGGCAGGUGAUUGCCCUGACUGUAGUACUCGCAGCCAUAUCUGGAGUGUUUAUGUGGUUAAUGGACCGCAAUGCAAAUCCCGAGGAAUUUCCACCGCAUUUUUUCGCUGGAGUUUGGCAAGGUUUUUGGUGGGCAUUUGUCACAAUGACCACAGUAGGUUACGGAGACAUAAGUCCAAGGUCUAUACGGGGAAGGCUAUAUUGUAUAUUGUGGAUGAUCAUUGGAAUGAUAGCCUUCUCUAUUCUGACAGCAAAUAUCACAAGCUCAUUGUCACAGAAAAUAAUCGAUAAGGAAGAAAAUCUAUUUAGUAAAAAAGUUGGAGUCCUUGGAGAAACAAUGGACGCCAAGGCAGCAUGGGCAGAAAAUGCACGCGUCAUAAAUUACUAUGACGUUGUAAGCCUAAUAGACGCCCUUGCAAAGGAUGAAGUCGACGGUAUUCUUGUAGAACGUUAUGCAGCGGGAGCACACUACAAUCUAUUCAAGAGCCGGGGAUUGGAACUGGGGAAAGUUACAUCGUUCCCGUAUGAUAUAGGCAUGCAAUUGGUCGGUGAAAAAAACACUAGCAUGUGUACUGCGUUUAAGAAAUGCAUCAUGGAUAUCACGAAGAAGUUCAAUAUUGCUAUGGAAGUGUUGAUUGACCAUUCAAACGAGUGGAAAAAGUUCGAAACAAAAGAAUCAUCAACGCUGUUUGAGAAUGAGACAUUUUUUUAUAUCCUCAUCGCCUUCUUCUUUGCUUUACUUGGCGUCACUGGACUAUGGCAUUACUUUGUUCACUUACCAAAACAAAAGAUGAAAACAACUACUUCUGAAGAACGUUUAAAGAAAGAAUUGAAAUACAUCGUUCAUAAAGCGGAAGUAGACGGCCUAUGCGAUGAUUGUAAAGCACAACUGAAUGGUAUAUUCCAACAGGACCCAGACCGUGAACAGAGCGACUCGUUUCUACCUUUCUUUCAAGGUGCUCCAAAUCUAAAGCUGUUACACGUGAAUGCUCUUCACAGGUUGAAACGUGCGCCACCUGAGCACAGAUGAUGUUUUACCCGGGAGCAAGAACCGGGGAAAAGAAGGCCGGCCGGGGAAAGAGAGCCGGCCGCAUGUCAUUACAGCAAUGAAGGGGUUGGUCGUUAGGCAACAAAUUCGCGCAAACAAAUUUUCAAAAACAGAAAAGUGCUUCAAACAUUCACUUCUUCUCAAAUAGUCCCAAAUAAAUGUUAAAGAAUUUAAUUUGCUGAUAUAUAUGAAUAAAUAUGAUUGGUCAAUGGUUUCUUUUUAAAAACAGUAAUUUCUCGUCAAUGUCAAAGGUAAAUUAUUUGAUUGUAAUGCGUAAAAACGAGCUUGUUGGACCGCAGUCCAUUAUGUAUAUCGUUCAGUAUGUAAAACCUCAUAAACAAAAAGUAAAUAAAUUAGCAAUGUGAUUAUUAGCAAAAUGUCAGAAUAAAGUUUCAUUCCUCAGUUGCACAA